AGAACAUUCUUGAGAUCAUCAGUACAAUAUCACAUAUAAACUCAUCAAAUUUUGCAGAUUUAACACAAUCAAGAAUGGAGUUAAUCAUGCUUAUUGUAAUGUUGUUAGUGUUGGUUUUAGUAGUUUUACUAGUCCUAUUAAGAACAAAUAAGGUUUCUCCAAAAGAAAUGGAAGCAAUUCCAGGUACCUUAGGAUGGCCUAUUAUUGGAGAAAGUCUCUCUUUCAUAUCCGAAUUUUCGAGCCCUGCUGGUAUAUACAGCUUCAUCAAUAAGAGACAGCAACUGUAUGGGAAGGUGUUUAAGAGUUAUGUAUUGGGAAGGUAUACGGUAUUCAUGACCGGAAGAGAAGCAAGCAAGAUCUUGUUGACAGGUAAAGAUGGGAUAGUGAGCUUAAACCUUUUCUACACAGGACAGCAAGUACUUGGACCUACUAGCUUGCUCCAACAGACGGGAGAGGCGCACAAGAGACUCCGAAGACUAAUUGCUGAACCACUUUCUGUUGAUGGUUUAAAGAAGUAUUUUCAGUUUAUCAACAGUUUAGCUAUUGAAACAUUGGAUCAGUGGUCUGGAAGAAAAAUUUUGGUUCUUGAAGAAACUUCCACAUUUACACUGAAGGUUAUAGGCAACAUGAUAAUGAGUUUAGAGCCAACUGGUGAGGAGCAAGAGAAAUUUCGAACCAAUUUCAAGAUUAUUUCUGGCUCUUUUGCUUCUUUACCCUUUAAAGUCCCGGGAACUGCCUUUUAUCGUGGCAUUCAGGCUCGUGAUCGAAUGUAUGCUAUGUUAGACUCGAUAAUUGACCAACGGAGGAGUGGGGAAACCAUAAAACAAGAUUUCUUGCAAUCCCUGGUGAAGAAGCAUGGCAAAGAUGCACCAGAAGGAGAUGAUGACGACAAACUCACAGAUAAACAACUUAAGGAUAACAUAUUGACACUUCUAGUUGCAGGCCACGAUACUACAACUGCUGCUUUAACAUGGCUCCUCAAAUUUCUUCAAGAAAAUCCUGCUGUAUUGGAACGACUAAGAGAGGAGCAUAGAGAAAUCCAAGCUCGAAAACAAGGCACAUUAGAUCUCACCUGGUCUGAAGUCAACAAUAUGCCUUACACCGCCAAAGUAAUCAGUGAAACACUUCGAAUGGCCACAAUCCUUCCGUGGUUUUCAAGAAAAGCAGCACAAGAUUUUGAGAUAGAGGGGUGCAAAAUCAAGAAGGGAUGGUCACUUAACUUGGAUGUAGUGUCUAUCCACCACGACCCCAAGAUUUUUCCUAAUCCUGAGAAGUUUGAUCCUUCUAGAUUUGAUGAUCCUCUAAAACCUUUCAGCUUCCUUGGAUUUGGAAGCGGACCACGCAUGUGUCCUGGAAUCAACUUAGCCAAACUGGAAAUUUCUGUCUUUCUUCAUCAUCUUGUCUGCAGAUACAAAUGGACACCGUUAGACACAGAUGACUCCGUCCAGCCAACACUUGUUAGGAUGCUGAAGAACAAGUAUCCCGUCAUGGUUGAGACACUUUAGAUAAUGUCUUUUACA